CAUUUAGAUUUAUAGAAAGAAGCUGCUAGAUGCUGAAGCUAGCUUUCCAUGACAUGUCUGCAAAAUGGCAAAGAGUUUGUAGUUUUGAGUUUGCUUGGGGAGAGAAUGUAUCUGUGGAUGUUGCACAGAGCACAUGUUAGCACAUAUUAUAACAAUAAACUUCAAAAUCUUUAAAUUACCACUAAAAAUUAAAGUCAUAAGUUAUGCAAAUGCAAUUCUAGGCUGCUGUGCAUACAAUGGACGUAGGAAAAGAUAUUUACAAUUUUUUCUUACUCUUUAUAUAAGCUAUAUGACUGUGUAUGCCUUAAGAACAACAUUCCAAUUACGCAAAGAUUUUUUUUAAGGCUUGUUGCGUUACACCAUGUUAAAAUUAACAGCAUUAUAAACUAUAUCCACUCUUACCAUAUUGUUUCGAGAAAUUCAGAUAAAGAUUACCUAUAGAAAUCUGUAAAAUCCUACAAGCUGAGCUAUAUUAUACCUGACAAUAUAGUGACAGCCUGAUCUGAGGAGUAGAAAACUGAGUAUUUUAAAAUGAUGAAAAGAUAUUCUGGCAGCGUAGCUUAAAAAAGCUUAAGAUAGGAAGCCUAAAUUAACAUUAACCUUUAUUACAGGAGGAGAGGUUAACCUAAGGUAAAAAAGAACACAACUUAACAUGACUUUUUAAAUAGGAACAUUUAAAUGGAAUCACAGCUUAAGCUAAAAUAGCCUACAGAAAUUUCAUUCGGUACUGUUUAUGUAGGCAAUCUUACAUGUUAUGUUUUGAGGCAUUAACAUAGCAUAAAAUAUAGAAACGGAGAAGUUAACUAAUUCAAAUUAUAAAAACCAACUAUUUUAUUGAAUAUGCUCGCUUCGCAAUAAAUUUGAGUCAGCACCAACGACAGCUCUGCAGUCCUCCAAUGUAGUGCAGAUCAGGUGGUUGCAGAGCCCCAGCUAGCAGCAAUACGAUGCAGCUGAAGAGGCAAGCACAAUCCACAGACAGCAACUGUAGCUACUCUCUAGAACAAGACGACCUCUAAGCUUAAAUCUUUCACAGAAAUGAUGUGCUGAUAUUGCAGAAGAGAUUACGGCAACAAUGGAAUACCAGAUAUUGAAUACAUCUACCUGUCUGCUGGUCCUUCUGUUUUUCAUACCCACUGUUCUGGGUAUCUGUCCUUCUAACUGUACAUGCUCAGGAAACGACAGGAAUGUGGACUGUUCAGGCAGAAACUUAACUAUACUGCCACAUGGACUUCAAGACAACAUUACAUAUUUAAAUCUGUCCUUUAACCAGUUUGUAGAUCUCGAUCAUCAGCUGACGAGAUUCACCAAUUUGAGGACCCUUGAUAUUUCAAAUAAUUGGCUCAAGAAUGUUCCUGCUCAUCUGCCCAAGUCCUUAUGGGAAUUAUAUGCCAUAAACAACAACAUUAAAGUUCUUCAGAAACUUGAUACAGCUUACCAGUGGAAUCUUAAAGUGCUCGAUGUUUCCAGGAAUAUGGUGGAAAGAGCUGUUCUGAUCAACAACACACUGAGCAGUCUCAAGUUUCUCAAUCUCAGUAGCAACAAACUUUGGACAGUUCCAACCAAUAUGCCCUACAACAUAGAGACAGUGGAUCUAUCCAAUAACUUCUUGUCCCAGAUACUUCCAGGAACACUGGUGAGACUACAACACCUUACAAGCCUCUACCUGCACAACAACAAGUUCACAUACAUUCCUGACAAAGCUUUUGACCAGCUCCUUCAGCUGCAAGUGGUAACACUAUAUAACAACCCAUGGUCCUGCAGUGACAAACAAAAUAUCCCCUAUUUGCUUAAAUGGGUGCAGGGAACCGCUGCCAGUGUUAUAGGGGCUCCCUGUGCUAAUCAAUCUGUGCUUUGGAUGGAUGCCACACCAACUUCAGCAGCUCCCACAGUUAUAGACUCUAGCCUCAUGAUUAAAGGAAUGAAGGCAGCAGACAAAGCUACUUCUCCAGUGGCAGCAGAACCGACCAAAAUGACAAAAAUGCAUAAACAAUUUAAAGCUAAGGAAGUUACUACCUUGGCAACCUUAAGCCAAACUGUAGUGUUUACGAGCACAGACCGACCACUACUCCUCUACCCAGAAGAUCUGACAACUAGGAAGGUUAGUUCUCAAGAAGCAGCAGCCACACACACAAUAUACAUCAAAGAUUCAACCGAGGUGAACUCAAGCCUGACUCGUUCAACAGGAUCAGCCACUACUCCUAUGACUUUAAGCAUCACCAGUGGAAUGCCAACAAACUACUCCAAAAUGCCUCAAAGCACAACUGCUACCUUAAGGAAAGAGGAAUCCACUACAAAUAUUUUGAAUACUCAUGUGCCCUCCAAAGCAAGUAUCUGUGACAUGUAUUUGUUUUUUGUUGUAAUGCUUAAUGCAGUGGCAAUGUUUAUUGGCUAAGGGCUUGUACCUUGUGAAAAUUAUUGAGUUUAUUCCUGUGAUACAUAGCUGGAGUUAAGACAUCCAGUUGAAAUAAUGAACCAACAUACAAGAAAUUCGAAGUUCUGACUCUGAUCUAAAGAAAAUAACAGUUCUUAAUUAAAGAAGUGCACACUAAUGUCUUGAUACUAAGCUGCUACUUAUUUUAAUAUGUCUUGAGUAAAACUAACCUUGAUUUUGUUUUUAAAAAUGUGCUUAUUUUGUAUUUAAAUUUUUAAUUUUACUUGCACAGAAUAAAACAUCAGAAUUUUAAGUACUGAUUUUAUGUAUGAUUUUGUCAUUAAACAACUGGAAAAAAAUAGAAGGCCUGUAUCAUAUCUGCAUUGUCUUGCUUGACUUGCCAGUGAGCAAUUCUUGUAAUAUAGCAGCACAGAUUCCUUGUAAGUUAUGACGACAUGCAAAAGGAAGGGAAAAAAUAAAGGAACUAAACAUAGCUGUUUCACUAAUCAGAAGUUAUUCCUGAGAAAAAUUGCUAGCAUGUGUAUCUAUGUUUGCUUCAUAUGUAUUAGGAUAUUUUAUAUAUGAAGAACAACAGUUUUGAAUUUAAGAAUUAAAUAUGACAAUGCCAUGAUGUCUACUAAGAGGGUGUAAACUGAGAAGGCAACAUGGUCCAACUUCAGCAUGGGAAAAGUGGUAGGGGCUGAUAUCUUUUUGCUCUGUCUUGACUUAGAGAUUGCAGGCAAGUUAUUUCUCACUCCAUAUUAAAAAAAAAAAAAAAAAAAGAUAAAAGUAGAGGAAAACAAAAGAUGUUCAAUGCCAUGACACUCUCCAACAACGAGGAGUUAUCUACACAAAUAUAAUGAAAGGGAACUCCUUAACUUUAUUUCAAGUGACAUCCAAAAAUCUGAAAUGUUAAUACAUUAUGCUCAAAAGAAUAUUGCAAAUCAGCCAGAAUGUAUCAAACUACUACUUUUUGAUCAGUAAAAUGAAAUACCAGCCAAUUUCUAAGGCCAGUUAUGUAACAAAUCAAUUAAGCAAUUAGUUGUCAAGCUGUCAUUGAAACGGUCCUUGAAUCUUGUGACUUAAAAAAAAAUUAAUUCAGUCCAUGGCAUUGAACAUGCCCAAAUCCUUGCUUUAUAAGGAUGAGCAUGAAUGCUAUUCUCCUUGACACCUGCACCAUCAGUGAGUAGAAAUAGUUGCACGCAUGGUUCUGUCCACUCUAGGAAAAUAAUUUAAAUUAUGUGGCAAAGGUACUUGAUAUACUACAGAUGAAGUUUUGCAAACAGCAUGAAAUGAAAACUGAAGAACAAGUUCAUUGAAAAAGUAUUAUUCACUUAAUAUUACAAAUCUUUAUACAAUGUUUUCCAUUCAUUUCAGGCCAUUUAAUUUCCAGUUAUUGUAGCAUGAAGGUGCUGCAAAACCCAGAAAACCUCACUACUGAGACUGGAGUCCUCUACCUAUUUCUCCUAGGUGUCAAUGAGGGCUGUAGACCAUUUACAACCACUGGUAUCAGAGAAAUCACAACUUUGCAAUUGUGAACAGUAUUUCUAUAACCAGAAAUGUGUUUUAAUUUCUAACAGUAAAUGUUACACAAUGAAUUUGUACAGUUAUUUCAUUGGCAUUUAAGUAAAAAUAAAGUUACGUUUGUAUUGAA